AUGGGUAAUGUACCAGAUUUUUGUCGUAAUACUACUUUAAUAACAAAUACAACAUAUGAAACUCUAUCAGAAUGUUGGACUGAAAAACGUAUUGCCGAUUUUUUACGUGUAUGUUUACCAUUAAUUAUUUUACCAAUAUCAUUGAUAAGUAAUACAUUAUCAUUUCUUGCUUUACGAAGUCGUCAAAUGCGUGGAACAUCAACAGCAUUUUUUAUGCUUGCACUUAGUUUUCUUGAUCCACUUGUUUUAUUAACAAAAAAUUUCGUUUAUUUUCCAACAUUUUUUCCAGCUAAUUCAAUUUCAUGUAAAAUCUUAUAUUUUCUUAUAUACGUUCUUGGUUAUACGAAUGUUUGGAUACUUGUUAUUAUGACAGCUGAUAAAUUUUUUGCUGUAUGGUUUCCACUUAAAGCUUCGUAUUUUUGUACAAUAACACGAGCUAAAUAUAUAUGUAUAUUUCUUCUUAUUCUAACAAGUAUUAUAUCAUUUCAUCAUUUCUGGACAAUUGAUAGUUUAACACAUCCACAAAAUAUUGAUAAACAGUUUUGUUAUUAUGAUAUGAGACGUUAUGAUUCAUUACAUAGUCUAUGGCGUUAUACAGAUUUUGUUUUUUGGUGUUUUUUACCAUUUAUUCUUUUAUUAUCAUUAAGUAUAUUAAUUAUUUAUAAAUUACAUCAAAAACGAAAUAAUUCACAAGAAAAUAUUCGACAAAUUAUUAAUACAAAUAUUAAAUUUCGAGAAGCUGAUCAAAGAAAACGUUCAAGUGUAUUAAUAUUAGGUAAUCAUGAUAUGGAAAUGCGUAGUAAUCAAAAAACAGAAGUUAUACGUUCACGACAUCGUCAUAUAACAUUGAUGUUACUUUCUGUUGCUGGUGUUUUUCUUCUACUUACAUUACCAAAUAGUAUUUAUUUUGUACUUGAUAUUAGAUAUGGUUUUAGUAAAUCACCAAAAGUUAAUGAUUAUAAUCAAUGGUUACGUUAUCGUCGAUUAACAAUAUUAACUGUAAUUAUGUUUCAAUUAAGUGAUUUACAACAUGCAGCGAAUUUUUUCUUAUAUCUAUUAACUAGUGAUAAAUUUCGUCGAUCUGUUAUUAAUAUAUGUAUAACAAUAAUAGAAAUCUUACCAACAUUAUUAACAUGUUCAUGUCAACGUAAAAUACAUGAAAUACGAUAUUCAAAUCAAAAAUUUGAUAAAAGUCAAUAUAAUAUGUCAUCACGUUCAAGUGUCUGUGGCAUGUCAAAUAUUAUACAAGGUUCACGUCAUAUACAAAAUCAAGCCAAACCAUUAUAUAUCUAUCAUGCAAUAAUAACAAAAUCUGCCACAACAAAAAUUGAUCUUUGA